AUGGGGAUUCAAGGUGGAGAGCGUCUGAAGGUCACUAUGGAAAAGUCACCAGGGAAUGGGGGACCCAACAACGCCUUCAUCCUGAUGAUGACCUUUAUGGCUGCAUCAGGCCGCUGCUGUGAGCUGGGUGCUGACAGCCUUCAGCAAAAGGGUUUCUAUUUGAAAUUCCGCCCUUUGAACCUGGUGACCAUUGUGAUCCUGUCUCGGGGAAAGUGCGGCCUCUCCAAGGGCGUCACGCGUUACCUGGUGGCCAUGGCAACGGCGGACCUGCUGGUCAUUGUCCUUGAUCUGAUCCUGAAACAGAUUCCUAUUGUCUUCUUUGUGGCCUUUCGAGACGUGCAGGACAUUCCUGUGUGCAAAAUCCACGCCGUCCUCCUCUACGCCGCCACGGACUGUUCUGUCUGGUUCACCGUCGCCUUCACCUUCGACCGAUUUGUGGCCAUUUGUUGCCAGAAACUGAAGACUAAACACUGCAGCGAGAGGAGGGCAGCCAUGGUUAUCGGGACACUUACCGUCUUGAGCAGUGCGAAGAACCUGUUCUGGUACUUCAUGUAUACAAACAGGUACGUGCUUAUGAGAAUGCCCUGGUUCUGCUAUAUGCCCUUCAGUGUCAUGCUCUCCCGAGUCUGGGCAACCGUUGAAUUGCUCCAUUAUGUCCUCACCCCGUGUAUCCCAUUCAGUCUCAUUCUGGCGCUCAACGCACUGACCGUCAGACACAUUCUGGUCACCAUCAGAAUCCGCAAGAAACUCCGGGGCUCGGUCGGCGGGGAGAGCCAGAACGACCCCGAAGCGAAGAGCAGGAGGAAAUCCAUCACUCUACUCUUUCUGAUCUCGGGCAACUUCAUCCUCCUGUGGUCUCCCUUCCUGGUGUCCACUCUGCACACUCGAAUUAUUCUGUUGGAUUUAAGCGAUAAUCGAGAAAUGUCACUCAUCGUGACGGAACUUGGAUUCAUGCUGCAGCUUCUCAGCUGCUGUACCAACACUUUCAUUUAUGCCGCGACCCAGACGAAGUUCAGGGAAGAGCUGAGCAACGGGGUGAAAUAUCCCUUCCGGGCGCUUUCUAUCGUCAUGAAAUAA